AUGCAAGAGGAAAUCCAAGCUCUUCAAGACAAUCACACUUGGGACCUCAUAAUUUGUCCCUUUGAUGUCAAACAUAUUGGUUUUAAAUGGGUGUACUCAGUCAAGUUUCGACCUGAUGGCUCACUGGAGAAAUAUAAGGCCCGUCUCGUGGUUCUUGGGAAUCGACAGGAGUGUGGUAUUGAUUAUGAAGAAACAUUUGAAUCUGUUGCCGAAAUGACUGCUGUGCGGACUAUCUUGGCACUUGCUGCGUCGCAAGGGUGGUCUCUCCAGCAGAUGGAUAUUCAGUUUGAUUCAUUUCUUUUUCUUCGCAAGACUUCUGCAGGAAUCAUAUUACUUCUUGUAUAUGUCGAUGACAUUGUGAUUACUGGCUCCAAUACUAAGUUAAUUAAGCAAUUACAACAGCAUCUUAAGGCCUCCUUUCACAUGAAAGAUCUUGGUCCCCUGCAGUACUUUCUUGGCCUUGAGGUACAGCUUACUCCAACUGGUACAUUGUUACACCAGCACAAAUACACGCAGGACGUUAUUUCAUUGGGUGGUCUCCAAUCGGGUAACUCUGUUUUUACACCAUUGGUGGUAAAUCUUAAGCUUCGUCAGGAAGAAAGGGAGCUUCUAUCAGAUCCAUCAUUGUAUUGGCAGCUUGUUUGGAGUUUGAACUACUUGACGAUUACUCAUCCUGACAUUUCUUUUAUUGUACAACAAGUUAGUCCAUUUAUACAGGUUGCCCGACAUCUUCAUUUAGCUGUUGUCCAUCGCAUUAUCCGAUAUCUGAAGGGCACCUCUACACAAGAGUUGUUCUUUCCUAAAAGAUCUUCCUUACAGUUGGUAGUGCAUAGUGAUGCUGAUUGGGCCAGAUGUACAGAUACUCGUCGCUCUGUUACUAGCUGGUGCAUGUUCUUAGGCAAUGCACUCAUUUCUUGGAAGAGUAAGAAGCAAGACAGAGUUUCUAAGUCCUCUACAGAGUCUGAGUAUCGUGCUAUGUCUUCCACAUGCUCUGAGAUCACAUGGCUUCUUGGGUUAUUGGGUGAACUUGGUUUUCCUCAAUUACAUCCCACUCCUCUUCAUGCUGAUAAUACCAGUACUAUUCAUAUCGCCGCUAAUCAUGUCUUCUAUGAGCGUACGAAACAUAUCGAAGUCGAUUAUCAUUCUAUACGUGAAUCCUUUGACAAACAUGAGAUUACUUUCCCUAUAAUUUCCACUAAACUUCAAACUGCAGACAUAUUUACUAAAGCUCUUUCUCGGCACUGGCAUCAGUUCUUGGUUGAUAAAUUGAUAGUUCUUGAUCCACCAAUAUCAAUUUGA